AUGACCAAGCUAUUCCUGAUCGCUUUCGUCUUAGCCGUAGCCGCUGAUCAGACGACAGAAAAGCCGAGGAAUUACUGUGAAAGGGACGCUGAUUGCAGCAAGGAUGACGAUCGAUGCUUAAAUCCGGGAGCUGUUUGUGAGUGUGUGCAUAAAGCGUGGUGUUCCAUUAAAUACAGAUGUGACCCGGUGAACAAUGGAGCCGAGUGCCCAAGUUAUGCGAAAAAUUGUUUUAAACGUGAUGGGGAAAAUGAGUAUUUCUGUGUGCGAAAGGCGGUCGAUUCCCCACCAGGCACUCUUCGUGUU